AAAAAUGAAAAUUCUACAGAAAUGAAAAAAGAAAUGAGAAAAAGAUAGAAAAAAAAAAAAAGAAGAAAAAUGAAAGUACGACAGAGAGAUGAAGUAAUCGUCAUAUGAAAAUAGCAUGUAAAGCAUGAUGAUGAUGUAUAUUGAAAAGUAGUUGAAUGAACUAAAAGUUACGAAAAAAGAAAAAAAAAAAAAAAUUUAUUAAAUAAUAAGUUCGUGGCAUUUAUAAAAGAAAUUCAAAGAAACGGAGCUUAACUUGAAAGAAAGACAUAAUAAUAAUAAUAAUAAUAAUAAUAAUAAGAGCCAUCUAUAGCAUCUAAGCCAAAAAAAAAGAGUGUAACUAAAAUUAAACUAAACAAACAAACAAACGGUUAAUCUCCCAUGAAUCGCAAUUCAAAAUCAAGAAUUAUUUAAUAUUACGAUUAAAAAAGGAAAAGAUAUUUAAUCAAAAAGAAAAAAAGCAGAAAAAGAAAAGUUCAUCCUUCCAGACAAGAGAGAAAAAUGGCUUUUCGACGAAGAACCAGACGAACUCGUAUGUGGAAUAUGGGAAUAAUUUUUCUCAUUUAUUACACAAUUACCAUAUAUUCCGUUAAGAGCAACGACGCGACAGAGAGAUCAUUGGAUGCUGACGAGAUUCCCAUUACUGAUGAAAAUAACGAACCCGUUACAGAUCUAAAUGACUUUACGGAUCAAAGCAACUUUGAGACGACACUCGCUACCUAUACGCUGGAGAAAGAAGCCGUACCAACUUGGCGACCGAAACGUGAAAACUGCACACCGCCUGCCAUCGAACAAUUCCCGAGACCUUUGAUGAGCAAAUGGCUACGAACACACGGUGGCCUUGUAAUACAUAUUAUUGUCGCCGUCUUCACCUUUUUCGGUCUGGCUAUAGUCUGUGAUGAAUACUUCGUCGCUAGUUUGGAUCGACUAUGCGAAGAAUUGAAAUUAUCUCCGGAUGUGGCUGGUGCUACUUUCAUGGCGGCCGGCAGUUCGGCUCCGGAAUUGGCCACAGUCGUUAUUGGGGUCUUCUUUGCCAAAGAUGAUAUCGGCAUUAGCGGCGUAAUUGGUUCGGCAGUCUUUAACAUUAUGUUUGUGAUAUCGGUUUGUGCUCUUUGUUCUGGUACCGUCUGCCAAUUGAAUUGGUGGCCUUUGGUUCGCGACUGCUUUUUCUAUUGUAUCUCUAUACUGGUGAUGUUAAUCAUAAUUUUCAAUGACGUGAUAUCAUGCUUUGAAUCUGUCGUAAUGUUACUAUGCUAUGUCGGCUAUUGUGUCGCAUUGUAUUUCAACUCUGCUCUCGAACGUUGGGCUUUAUCUCUAAAUCUUCCCUUUAAACUUCCGACAAAAGAGGAGCAAUCCUCUUUGGUUACCUAUAAGAAUGUAACUGACAAUACUUAUACGCAAGGCACUCAGCAGCAGACUAAUUUGUCACAAGAGCCAGACGCCACUACCGCACCGCAAGAAACUCAGCAGCAACAACAAUCGAACAGUGAAUAUCAAAAUUAUACCGACCCGAAUGCUAGUUGGGAUCCUAACGCUGCCUGGGGCGACGUACCUGCCAAUCCAGUAGGUGUCAGUGCUGGUAGCACUCAACCACCGGCCGAUGAUUGGGGCAUGAAUCAAUUUAAUGCGGGCCAAGGCCAAGAGAAUAUGGCUUAUAAUCCAGAUCAACCGGAAAGUUCGGCCACAAAAAGUGCCUCUACCGACAACACGAAACCUGUGGUGGGUACACCGCAACCGGCCGGUAGCGAUUAUUACAAAUCAACUGAACGUUCGAAAGAAGCUCGCCCCAAUCCUUUAGAACGUCCCACAGAAGGUGGACCUUUAGCACUGAUCUCCUGGCACGUGGUCUAUCCAAUACAUUUUUUGUGUCAGAAAACGAUGCCCGAUUGUCGUACUGAGAAAUAUCGUAAUUGGUAUCCGUUUACGUUCAUGAUCUCAAUGAUUUGGAUUUCAUUUUAUUCGUAUUUUAUGGUUUGGAUGAUAACCGUAAUCGGGUCAACUCUGGCCAUACCCGAUACAGUAAUGGGUUUAACGUUUGUUGCUGCUGGUGUUUCGGUACCCGAUGCCCUAAGCUCAAUAGCGGUUAUCAAAGAGGGAUUUGGCGACAUGGCUGUUUCAAAUGCAAUCGGCUCGAAUGUCUUUGAUAUCCUAGUGUGCUUAGGUCUUCCGUGGUUCAUACAAACAGCCAUCAUUAAACCCGGCUCUCAUGUUAAUGUUAUUUCGAAAGGUUUGGCUUAUUCAACACUAUCACUCUUCUCUACGGUAUUAUUUUUAAUAAUAUCCACUCACUUGAAUGGCUGGAAAUUGGAUCGACGAUUAGGUAUUAUACUGAUGAUAUGGUAUUUGCUUUUCAUAACUCUAGCAUCACUUUAUGAAAUGAAUGUAUUUGGUUUCAUGAAUCCACCCGAGUGUCCAAGUGACUAUUAAGUAUUAAGAAAUGUUUCUAAAUAUCUGCCUACAUACAUGUUUCCCACAAACUUUGGAAUCUUGAAAUGGAAUUCAUUUUCCUUUAAUGAAAAAUCGUACGUUGCAAAAUAUAUGUGAAAUUGUUUACAAUCAAGAAAUGUUCGUUACACUAUUAAUUCAGAGCCAAUGCAUUCAAAAAAUAUAAGGAAAUUUUAAAACUAAAAAAAUAAAAAAAAAAUAAUAAUAAUAAUAAUAAUAAUUCAUUAAAAAAAUCCAUUGUAUACAUAAUCAUCUAGAAAAAGGAUUUACGAGCGAAGACAGCACAUGCGUUAUAUUAAAGAGAAUCGUUAAAUAAAACACACAAUUAAUGGAAAAAUAUAUUCGUAAACUGGUAUUAUAUACAGAUAUAUAUAUA